AUGUUCACAGAGACAAUAUUAUUGAUCGCCACUUUAGCACUCGUGCUUUUUGUCUGGCAAAAACGAACUAAUAACUUUUGGGAUCGUGUGGGAGUCAAACAUGUUCCGACAAAAUUUAUUGUUGGAAAUGCCCGUGAAUUCCUUACGGGAAAAGUUCCAUUUUAUGAACAAAUUUACAAGCUACACACUGCACCGGGCUUUGAGAAGGAACCUUUCAUUGGUGUUAAUAUGCUGCAUCGUCCAGGCCUAAUUAUUCGGGAUCUGGAGUUGAUCAAAACGGUUAUGAUUAAGAAAUUUAACUGCUUUACGAAUCGUGUUAUUCAAGCCGAUCCACAUGUCGAUGUCCUGGGCGCAAAUAACCUCUUCUUUGCUCGCAAUCCCAGCUGGAGAGAACUGAGGACGAAAAUUACACCUGUUUUUACCAGUGGAAAAAUCAAGCAAAUGUAUCCGCUACUCGUUGAGGUGGGCAAAGAGUUGGAAUCUUAUUUGGAUCGUUUGCCCAAGGAAGCAGAGCUGCGCGUCAAGGAACUUGCUGGCCGUUUUACAACAGAUCUAAUAGCCACCUCGGCCAUGGGUGUUAAGGCCAAUUCGCUGAAGGAUGUCAAUAGUGAAUUUUUCUUAAACAACAGAAAUUUCUUCAAGUUUACUUGGGGGCGUGUCUUUGAUUCAUUCUUUAUAUUUUUAAUUCCAUCGCUAGCACCGAUUGUACGGGCCAGAGUAUUCCCCAAGGAAGUUACCAAAUUUUUCCAGCGUAUUGUUGGCCAUGUUAUGGAGGAGCGUGAAAAAUCCGGUGUUCACCGCAAUGAUCUUAUUGAUAUUUUACUGGCAAUGCAAAAAGAGGCACUAGCCGAUCCCGACCAAAAAAACAAGGCCAAGGAUGUUAACUUUUUGGUAGCCCAGGCAGCGGGUUUCCAAACCGGUGGAUAUGAGACUAGUGCUUCCACCAUGACGUUCACUCUCUUCGAGUUGGCCAAUAAUCUUGAAAUUCAAAAUCGCCUCCACCAAGAGAUUCAAGAAUACUAUGGGGAGGGGAAGAGCAUUAGCUAUGAACAGUUACACGAAAUGCCAUACCUAAGCAAGGUGAUCAAUGAAACAUUGCGUAAAUAUCCAAUUGCUGGACUUGCUGAACGAGAAUGCACUCAACCCAGCGAAGGUGAACGCUUCAAUUUGAAGCCGUAUAACAAUUUUGAACUACCAAAUGGAAUGCCUGUCUAUGUAUCCUCUCUAGGCAUUCAUCGUGAUCCGCAGUACUGGCCCGAGCCGGAAAAGUAUGACCCAGAACGUUUCGAUCCAUCGAAUCGUCAUAACAUAAAUAUGGAUGCCUAUAUGCCAUUCGGAAUCGGUCCUCACAAUUGCAUUGGCAUGAGAUUGGGUCUUCUACAGGCCAAAUUGGGAAUAAUUCAUAUGUUGCGCAAUCAUCGAGUGACUCCGAGUCCUUCGACCAUAAAGAGAAUUGAAUUCAAUCCAUUGAGUGUUGUUCUUACCUCCAAGGAUGAAAUCUUAUUAAACAUUGAACGUAUUUAACGUAAGUCAAAUAUUAAAUAAAAUUUUUGAAUU